AUGACGACUGUUGACGAUUCCAUUCGCAAUCAGAACGAGUCGGGCGUCCUGCCGACGCCGACGGAUCCUACUUCGACGUCCACCAGCACCAACGGGCCCUUUGCACCGUCGAUUACACCCGUGUCGGCUUCUGGCACGCCGCCGACCAUGAAGAUUGCUCUGCAGAACAACACCACGUCAAACAAGCUGUACGCUUACAUCACCGGCCUCGACAUCAACAAGAACAACGCUGUCUGGCUCCUUCGGAGCGACGGUGUCAGCCCCUACUACCCGGAAAACCCCUCGACCGACCUGUCGCCUCUGGCGGCCAAUGUGUCCAUUCAGGUUGGCGGCCCCGGCAGCGUCCGGACGGUCACCAUCCCGCAGGUGGCUGGUGCCCGCAUCUGGUACUGCCAGGAUGCCGAGCUCACAUUCCGCCUGAACCGUGGCGCCAGGGGCCCCGCUCUGGUCGAGCCCUCCGUCUCCAACCCGACCGACCCCAACUACAGCCUGCGGUGGGCCUUUAGCGAGUUCACGUUCAACUCGUUCCAGCUCUUCGCCAACAUCUCCUACGUGGACUUUGUCAGCAUCCCCGUCGCCAUGCGGCUGACGUCCACCGACGGCACGCCUGUCCAGACGGUUGCGGGCAUGCCCUCCAACGGUCUUGACUUGGUGUGCGAGGCGCUGCAGGCACAGCAAAAGGUCGACUGUGCUGGCUGGGACCAGCUGGUUGUCCAGGUCAGCUCGCCCUCGGCGGGCACCAAGUUCCUCCGCGCGCUGUCGCCCAACAACGGCCUGGUCCUCAACAACAAGCUGUUCCGCAACUACUUCGACGCCUACGUCGACCAGGUCUGGUCCCACUACAAGUCGACCCCGAUCACUGUCGAUACGCAGGCCCACUGGGGCACCGUCACCGGCCAGGUCGACAGCUCUGGCGGCCUGACGUUUCCUGGCGUGGGCACAUUCCCCAAGCCGAGCACAGCCGACAUCUUCUCGUGCAGCACGGGUGCCUUUGCCCCGUACGCCAUCAACACGGCUGAGAUGGGCAACCUUACGGCACGCCUGUCUGCUGCCUUUAACCGCAGCACGAUGCUGACUAGCGCCAGGCAGCCCAGUGGACCGCCCUCGAGCUACUACCAGAACCCCGUCACCAACCACUACUCGCGCAUUGUCCAUGCCACCAACCUUGACGGCCGCGGCUACGCCUUCCCCUACGACGAUGUGGCGCCCAAUGGUGGUGUCGACCAGUCUGGUGCCGUGUCGAGCGGUGCCCCUGAUGUUUUGACCAUCUAUAUUGGCGGCGGCGGCGCGGGCGGCCCGGCUGUGGCCUCCAACGCCACGCGCUCCAACCCAUCCGCCUGCGCGACAUGGCCCGUCGUGGUCGCCAGCUCCGAGAUGGCCUUGCAGCAGCAGGCCACCAUGGCGCCGUUCCUCAACUUGGCCGCGCCGGACGUCAACGUCGACGAGAAGAUGCUCCUUCAGGCCCGGGAUCACGCCGCCGAGGCUGCGGUGGAUCAGGAGAAGGGCCUGCAGCAGCAGCUGCUGACAUCGACCAAGAAUGGCCUGCCUCCCACCCCGGCAGCCACUGCCGCACCUGACCUGUCCAAGCGCUUCGCCCUGCUCCUGCACCAGGCGCUCGUCUACCUGUGGGCAGCCAUCUGUGGCAUGGGCCGUUCCGUCUGGGCGCUCGUGCCUCGCCGCAUCGCCCAGCCUGUCGGCGCGUUCUGCAGCCGUGUCGCAUCAUCGCCGGCGGUGACGGCAGUCUCGGCCAGCAUGUCCUCGUUCGUCUCGUCGGUCGUCAAGUCCGCUGCCGCUUCGGCCGUGGCAGCCAUGCUGAUCCGUCCGCUGGUGGUUCGUGCCGUGCUGACGGCUGCCGUGGUGCUCAUUACCUACGCUGCCACCGCGGGCGGCAGUGCCGGUGCCUCGCCCAUGGUGGCCUCGGCUGUGGCCACGAUGACCGGCUGGGCGGAGGAGCUGACCGGCAGCCGUGCUGCUCCCCUCUCCUAG